ACAUUGAAAUACAGGUUGAAGCAAGUGUCAUGGCGCUAACUUCGGAUAUCGAUUUUGGUCCAGUGAGAUGCAGACUAUUCAUAUUUUAUUGAUAGCAUUUUCAAUUUAUGUCCAACUUAAAUAAGAUAAAUAUUUAUAAUAUUAAUUUUUGUAUAUUUAUUAACUUACACUUAAAAAUUAUUGUAUAGUACUGGCAGAUAAACGUAUUUUUAUUGGGAGUGGUCAUUGCCAUCUCAACUCCAUAUAAAUUUGUAAAUAGUUUCGUUUAAAAUGCGAAUAUUGAUACUCGGUGUUCUUUUUAAUACUCUUCAUAUUAUAUACAGUGUUGCUGGAUUGAAAAUUUUCGAAGCAAAUCCUGACACAAAGAGACUUUAUGAUGACUUAUUAUCGAAUUAUAAUAGACUUAUACGACCUGUUAUGAACAAUACCGAAACCUUGACAGUUCAACUCGGUUUAAAAUUAUCACAAUUAAUUGAAAUGAAUUUAAAAAAUCAAGUGAUGACCACCAAUGUCUGGGUAGAACAGAGAUGGAAUGACUAUAAACUAAAAUGGAAUCCAGAAGAAUACGGUGGCGUGGAAAUGCUAUAUGUACCUUCCGAAAAUAUUUGGUUACCAGAUAUUGUCCUCUAUAAUAAUGCUGAUGGUAAUUAUGAAGUAACGCUUAUGACAAAAGCUACAUUAAAAUAUACUGGUGAUGUAUCUUGGAAACCGCCCGCAAUUUAUAAAUCAUCUUGUGAAAUUAAUGUAGAAUAUUUCCCAUUCGACGAACAAUCGUGUAUUAUGAAAUUCGGUUCAUGGACUUACAAUGGCGCUCAGGUAGAUUUAAAACAUAUGAAACAAGAAGCAGGUAGCAAUUUAGUUGCAAAAGGAAUAGAUUUAAGCGAUUUCUAUUUAUCAGUAGAAUGGGACAUUUUAGAAGUACCAGCAUCGAGAAAUGAAGAAUAUUAUCCAUGUUGCACAGAACCCUAUUCUGAUAUCACCUUUAAUAUUACAAUGCGAAGAAAAACAUUAUUCUAUACAGUUAACUUAAUAAUUCCUUGCGUGGGUAUUACAUUCCUUACAGUACUUGUAUUUUAUCUACCAAGUGAUUCGGGUGAAAAAGUAUCAUUAUGUUCUUCCAUUCUCCUUUCAUUGACAGUAUUCUUUUUAUUAUUAGCCGAAAUUAUUCCACCAACAUCUCUGGCUAUACCACUUUUAGGAAAAUAUUUAUUAUUUACUAUGAUUUUAGUCACUUUGUCGAUAUGGAUUACUGUAUGUGUUUUAAAUGUCCAUUUUCGAUCUCCAUCUACACAUAAUAUGUCACCAUGGGUUAGACAAGUAUUUUUAAAUUGGAUGCCGCGAAUUCUAAUGAUGCGUCGAACACCAUAUUCAACUCCAGAAUAUGAUGAUACAUAUAUGGAUAGCGGAUAUACUAAUGAAAUAGAUUUUAGUGUUAGUGAUUAUCCACUGGAAUUGAAAGGAAGUCCUGAUGGAUUUGAAAGUGUUACCUCUCAAUAUAAAAAUAUACGAGAAGAUGAUGCUCGACAUAUUCCACAUGCAUCAGUCACUGAUAGUGAAAAUACAGUCCCAAGAUAUUUAUCUCCGGAUGUUAUCUCAGCUCUUAAAGGUGUGCGUUUUAUUGCUCAACAUAUAAAAAAUGCAGACAAAGAUAAUGAAGUUAUAGAAGAUUGGAAAUUCGUAGCUAUGGUUUUAGAUAGACUUUUUCUUUGGGUUUUUACAUUGGCAUGUACUGCAGGAACACUUGGCAUAAUAUUUCAAGCACCAAGUUUAUAUGAUACUAGAGAGCCUGUGGACCAACAACUUUCUGGAAUAUCACCUCGCAAUUAUAUGUAUCCAAAUAUAGAAAUUUCUCCAGAAGGAUAAAUUUUGAAAUUCAUAAUACGUAUAAUACGUAUAAUACGCGUAAAAAGAUUAUAUAUAAUAUAAAAAUAUUAAAUCAUUAAUAUUCUAUUUAUAUCUAUUUUAUUUCUUAUAAUUUUAGAUUGACUUUUAUAAACACAGAAUUUAUAUCAAAUAUAUUCUAAACAGUUUUAUUAACCCUAAAUUAAACAAUAUUCACAACUAAAUAUUUUAUUUAAAAAAAGCAAUUUUAAAAAAAUUUUUAGGUUUAAUUAUAUUAAAAUUUGUAAUACAAGUAUUUACAUUUUAUAUUUCACUCUUUCAUUUACACAUUAAAGUUAAUAAGAAAUUUAUAUUACAAAAUAACCUUAAAAUUCAAAAUGACUAUUAUUUUAGACGAAAUUAUAUGAUUUUAUUAUGAUAAUGAAAAAGUAUAAUAAAGCAAUUUAUUAUUUAAA